AUCGAAAAAAAAUGGAUGAUUUAUCACCAAAUUUAUCAAAACUCAAAUCUAACCCAAUAAGAAGUAGCAAUAUAAGGAUGAAAAUACGAUCACCGACUUCUUAAGCUGAUAAAAUGUGACGCCACGUCCGCAGUAUGUCCAAGAAGCUGACGUUGCUUCUACUCUCGGUGACGACGCUAAGCUUCCAAUGUCCCAGUUCGUGCAUCUGCAUGUGGAAGGACGGCAAAGAGACGGUAGAGUGCAUCAACAAGGAUUUACUAGUGAUCCCAGAAGGAAUUGAGCCAGGAACCCAAGUCCUCGAGUUCUCAGGCAACAACCUAAGACUUCUACAGAAAGAAAAGUUUAUAAAAAUGGACCUAGUUAAUAUCCAAAAACUCUUUUUGUCCAGGUGUAAAAUUUCCACCAUUGAUGAUAGAGCUUUUAAAGGUUUAACCAAUUUAGUGGAAUUAGAUCUUUCUGGAAACGUUUUGGACGCCGUUCCAACCGGUACAUUCCUCGAUGCUAAUUCUUUGAUGAAACUAUUUUUGAAUCAUAAUCCGAUAAGAACGUUGAGAAAGGCAUCGUUUAAUCAUUUACCACUUUUAAAUGUACUCGAAAUGAAUAAUUGCGAAAUUUCUAGAAUCGAAGACAACGCAUUUUUGGGUUUGCAUUCUUUAGGAUGGUUACAUAUUAAAAACAACAAAUUAACGGCAAUAAAUGGCACUAACAUCUUUCCCUCAUCACUUAAAGGAAUUGAUUUACAAGGAAAUCCUUGGGAUUGUGACUGCCACAUGUUGGAUUUUCACACAUGGUUACAAACGUUUCCGAUGUCGCAGUUAACCGAACCAAAAUGUAAAUCACCCGUUAAAUUUAUGAACAAACCAAUUAGGAUAAUUCCCCAAUCAGAAUUGGCUUGUCUUCCUGAUGUAUCGCCAACGACGUUUUACUUAGAAAUAGGCGAGGGGAAGAAUGUCUCGCUGUUGUGUCAAGUUCACGCUAUCCCCGAAGCUAGCGUCCAAUGGUUUUUUCAAGGACAACUACUUCAAAAUGAUUCGAUAAUAGCCCCGGGAAUGAGACUUAUUUAUUUCAUCGAAGAAGGACACGUUGAUAAGCGAAGCGAAUUAUUUAUUUAUAAUACAAACACUGACGAUAACGGAACGUUUAUUUGCACGGCCGAAAAUCCGGCGGGAACUGUUUAUAGUAAUUUUACGAUUCGCGUGGUUCUCCGAGAAGAAACGAAAUUCGAACCGGCUCCGUUACAUUAUGAGUUUUUAUUGAUAACGGCUACGGCUAUUGGGGUUUCUUUAAUCAUAAUAGUUGUGAUUAUGAUUUUGAGUAUAAUAAAACAUCAUCGUUCGAAAAAAGAAAAGAAAAGUGGUGAAAGCAAAUUGCACAACACAAAGGACAGCCUUCUACAGGAUAGUACCGAAGAUUUUUCCGAUCAAUCAAAGGAAUCCUCAAACGUUAUCCUUGUGGAACGGCAGCAGAUGUUUUAUAACUCCCCGGUUCCCGUCGAAGAAGUACCCCUACCAACUGCAAUUCUCCCCAAUCAAGUCCGAACGCCCAGUUCAUUGAGACGCCUUCAGUUAGAGCAGAAUCCAGACCUUAUUAACGAUGCUGAAAGUACUGAAAGGAGGAAGGACGGUGAAGGACAAGCAUAUGUGAAUUUCGGAGAUGCCCCUAACAGAUCGAUACUAAAAGGGAGCGUCAGAGAUUUGUAUAGGUUAUCAGCAGACGUUCAUUUAAACCCAGUCGGUUUACUAACAACAACAGGAGGAGAUCCCAGAAAUUACUACCGAACACUUCCCUAUAAGCGAAGUCAAAUUGGAAAGAGACAAUCAGCUCCUUUGGUCAACCCGUACGUUAGAGAGGCCGAAAUCGUUUACGAGUAUGCCGACGUGAGAUACACAGCUGAUGGUUAUCCGGUGAGGACCUCAGUUGAAGAAACUACUUUCAGUGAAGGAUCCGUACAUUCAUGUUGCUCAAUGCCUCCGGUUCAAUGGCCCUCUUGCUUACCGGCUAGUGCCGUCAGGAUAAACUCGACAAAUUCAACUCAAAAUACAAACGUCGAAAAUGACGGUAAUAAAAAAUGCAUAGAAACCCAAACGGAUGCGGUUACGGUUGAAGAAAAAGUCGAAAAUUUGUUCUUACUUGCCGACAAGAAUAAGGAAUUAGAUAGUAGUGUUACGUCAUCGUAAACGGAAAUUAAACAAGAAAACGCGGAAAAUAAAAAAGAAAUCGUGCAUUUAUCUUUGUAAAAUGUGAUAAUCGAAUAUAGGACAAUUUUUUUUUGUUAUUUGGACGAAAAGUUACUAUUUUAUGUACCAAGGACCGAUUGAAUGUAGUGAAGACGUAUUUACAAAAAAAAAAAAUAAAACAAAAAAUAGGUGUUGAAAAAGUAAUAAAAAAAAUGAUUAGAUAGAUAGCUGUUGAAACGGUGUAUAUGGAGUUUUAUUAUAUUUCGAUGCUGUUUUGAUGUACAGGUUUUUUUUGUAAAAAUGGAGAAUAAAGAAAUGGAGAAAAUAGA